AUGCCGACAGCGUUCCUCUGGGACGUUGUGCUAUACUACCAUAGAUGGCGCCAUGGCAUUCAGCACGUCACCGCUUCUCUCCAGAAGACAUCCUCGCCAUUACAGAUAGGUGUUCUAGGUGCUGCGGCCAUUAACACCAUAGCUAUCUAUGACGCUGUCUCUACGCACCCUGACGCUACCAUAGCUGGCGUGGCAGCUCGGUCAAGAGCAAAGGCCGAAGCUCAGAUAGCAAGGUACAAGCUGAAGGAUGCGAAAGGGUACGGCAGCUACGACGAGCUGCUGGCCGUCCCCAACAUCGAUGCGGUAUAUAUCCCUUUGCCCAACGGCCUCCAUUGUGAGUGGACAUGCAAGGCUAUGCGCGCUGGGAAGCAUGUCCUUUGCGAGAAGCCGCUGGCAAGCAAUGCCGAGCAGGUGCGGGAGAUUAUGAAGGUCAGUCAACAGACCGGAAAGGUCGUCUUGGAAGCGUUCCACUGGCGGCUGUACCCCGCCGCUCAUGUUCUCAAGGAUAUCGUGGAAAGCGGUCGGUACGGUAAGGUCCGCGAAGUCAGGGCUCAUCUAGGCCUACCUGCUUGGGUGAUUGGCAAGGACGACAUCCGCUUUAACUAUGAUUUAGCCGGAGGUGCUUCCAUGGAUAUGCUUUACGUCUUCAGUACGUCUUCCUAUUACGCGGCGCCUUCGCUACGUGGAGCUGAAGUAGAAGUGUUGGAGGCAAAGCCAAGAAAGAAUGGGAAGGAUGCCAGGAUUGACGAUGCAAUGGAGGCAACUUACACUGUCCGAACCGGAGAGCAUGCUGUCGUGUGUCAUGUCCGUGCUGAUCUUGGUGCACCGCCACUGUAUGGCUUCAUUCCCAAAAUUUGGGCAGCGGGUGAUGGGGUUGGAAUCGACCUGGAAAAGGCCACCAUAUCGUAUGGUAGCUACGCGGCACCGUACGCAGGCCAUGCAAUCACAAUCACAGACAAGGCCACGGGCAACAUAGAGAAGCUUACCGCUUUUACGGACGGUCCACAGUGGAAGAAGCGUGGUCAGCCAUGGUGGACAACGUACCGGUAUCAGCUGGAAGCCUUUGUAGACCGCGUCAGAGCAGUGCAGGGUGGCGCGGCUCUGCAAGAUCUAGCGGCUGUGGAAGGCCCGUGGAUCAGCUUGGAGGAAAGCGAAGCCGUCAUGGAGCUUGUCGACAAGGUAUACACCAAGGCCGGCAUGCCGAAGCGGGUUUGGAAGCUCAACGCGGAGAGUACAGUACUGAAGUCGUCGAUGUAUGCACGAGUUCUAACGGCUUUACCCGCUGCCCUGACGUGA